AUGAUGGGGAGGAAAAAACCUUGGAGUUUGUUUACAGCUGUGAUUUGGACAGUCAAUUUAAAAUAAAUUUGCGUUCUUUGGACUUCUUAAGCUUAGAAAAAUUCUUCAUUCGUAAGUUUUUGGAGGCUCCUAAUAAUCUUUUUUAUCAGGCUUUUAAGCCUCCUUUUGAACUUUUUGCACUUGUAAAACUUUUUUCUAACGACAAUCCGCUCUGCCUGUCUGCGAGAUCCAAGUCGUGUUUUAUAGGACCAGGCGGAGUUUGGAACGAAACUAUUAGUUUUCCUAUCAAGUGUAACUCGCUCCCCCGAGAUGCUUGUCUUGCCUUCACUCUAUAUACGAUGUUUACAUUUGGAGCCUACGAACCUGUCGGUGGAGCUACGAUUUCUUUAUUUAAGAGUUCGGGAAAGCUACGAGAAGGUCGUCAAUGUUUAGAAUUGUGGGAAGACCAAGUUGCCGAUUGCUCAUACCCUUCAUUAACACCGGGUUUAAAAAAAUCGUCUACUUUGCUGUCCAGAUUGAAUAAAUUACUAAAGCAGUACGAAAAGGGUGAAAUGAAGAGGGUUUACUGGCUGGACGUGUACACCUUCAAAAAAAUUGAAAAAAUCAAGCUUGCAGAGGAGGGGCAAAGUUUCAGUAUGCAGAUCGAGUUUCCUUGGUUUGAGUUACCAGUUCUUUAUGGCGAAACCGUUUCAACAACUAUCCCUUCACCUUCGACAAUUUCGGACAAAAUAUAUGAUCUCGAGGUUCAAUCAGAGAAUAUGUUUGAAACAAAACAUCGCUCGCUUACGCGUUCCAGCAGACAGGGUCAUUUAGGAAAGGACCUGAAACCUAAUCCUUCCGUUCGGAAUAUUUUAAACGCAACCAUGAGGUCACCGCCCACCAAAGCGUUGACCUCGAAGGAAAAAGAUCUUCUCUGGCGGUACCGAUACUUCCUGGCUGGCGAGGAAAAAGCGUUGACUUUUUUUCUCAAGUGUGUAGACUGGGAAAACCAAGGCGAGGUCCUGCAAGCCGUAAAGCUGUUAGGCAAAUGGGCGCCUAUUCAGGUUGACGACGCGCUCGAGCUGCUUUCAUCGACGUUCACCCAUCCGCAGGUGCGCAGUCACGCUGUCGCGUCCCUGGAGUCAGCCUCGGACAGUAAUCUUCUGUUGUUUCUGCUGCAACUAGUGCAAGCGCUGAAGUACGAUUUUCCCGGUGAUGAAGGUGGCAGUAGUAACUUGUGCUGCUUUCUUAUUAAACGCUCCCUUCGGAGUCACGUGUUCGCCGUCUCCUUCUAUUGGUGCGUGCAUGCGCAGUGCAGAGACAAGUUAACGGGAAAGGAGGGAGGGGAAUUUGCUAUUCGCAUUUAUAAGAAUGUGCGCCGCACAUUUCUAAAAGCUCUAAAGAAGAUUUUUUUUGCAGGCCUCGUCCAGUUUGUCGAGACUGCCUUGCCUCUGGCCUCCGUAUAUACUCAUGUUAAACGGCAUUUUGUUGAUGGGGACCCUUCCGCUCCAUACGGUGUCUCUCCCGACGUCAUGGAAACGUACAUCAGAAGUUGCGCUGGCUACUGCGUGAUGACGUACCUUCUGGGCGUCGGCGAUAGGCAUCCUGACAAUGUUCUACUAAAGCCUUCGGGGCAUCUCUUUCACAUCGAUUUUGCCUACAUUCUGGGAAGGGAUCCUAAACCUUUUGCGCCGCCUUUGAGGCUCUCGCAGGAAAUGGUGGACGGAAUGGGCGGGUUCGGCAGUCUGACCUACAAAAAAUUUCUUUCUUAUUGUUUCAGCGCCUUUUUGAUCUUAAGGCGCUCUGCCAAUUUAUUUCUGAAUCUCUUUUCCCUUAUGAAAGACUCUACUCUUCCGGAUAUCUUAAUAGAGCCUGAUAAAGUAGUUUCAAAGGUUCAAGAAAGGUUUCGUUUAGAUCUGAGUGAAGAAGAGGCUGUUCAUUACUUACAAUGUGUGAUUAGCGAUAGUCUCAGUGCUUUUAUUCCUCUUGUGUACGACAGUGUCCACAAGUACUUGCAGUACAUGCGCAAGUGA